ACCACCAUACAAGGAAUGCUGAAUGAAUCAGAGGAGAGGUGUGUGGUGGUUCGGUGUCCAGUAUUGAAUAAAUUCCGCAUUCGGCAGCUCGAUGGACGACACCUCCAUUCGAAGCUUAUACAUAGAGGACAAAUAAGUGCUCUCGAGGUUUCAAUCCUCGUUUCUUUCCGGUAGAUUGUACACAUAUGAUGGAACGGGCGAUGGAGCAGCUAAACUUGCAGCUGAACAGGCUGACGCGCUCCCUUCGUCGUGCUAGGACCGUAGAACUCCCGGAAGACAAUGAGACCGCCGUGUACACACUUAUGCCCAUGGUGAUGGCUGACCAACACAGAUCAGUGUCAGAGCUCCUGCUGAAUUCCAAGUUUGAUGUGAACUACGCUUUUGGACGAGUGAAGAGGAGUCUGCUACAUAUUGCUGCCAACUGUGGAUCAGUGGAGUGUCUUGUGCUGCUGCUGAAGAGAGGAGCUAGUCCUAACUACCAGGACAUCUCAGGCUGCACGCCUCUCCACCUCGCCGCCAGGAACGGGCAGAAGAAGUGCAUGGGCCGCCUGCUGGAGUACAACGCAGACGUCAACAUCUGCAACAACGAGGGCCUGACUGCUAUCCACUGGCUGGCGGUGAACGGCCGCACGGAGCUCCUGCACGACCUGGUGCAGCAUGUGACCAACGUGGAUGUGGAGGACGCCAUGGGGCAGACCGCCCUGCACGUGGCCUGCCAGAACGGGCACAAGACAACGGUGCAGUGCCUGCUGGACAGCGGAGCUGACGUCAACAGACCCAACGUCUCCGGAGCCACGCCCCUCUACUUCGCCUGCAGUCACGGCCAGAGAGACACAGCUCAGAUUCUCCUCUCCAGAGGAGCCAAGUAUCUUCCUGACAAGAAUGGAGUCACUCCCCUGGACCUCUGUGUGCAGGGUGGGUAUGGAGAGACGUGUGAGAUUCUGAUCCAGCACCAUGGCCGCCUGUUCCAGACCCUCAUUCAGAUGACGCAGAAUGAUGACAUCAAAGAGAACAUGCUCAGGCAGGUUCUAGAACAUGUGUCCCAGCAGAGUGACAGUCACUACCAGAGGAUUCUGACCAGCCUGGCGGAGGUGGCCACUACUAACGGACACAAGCUGCUCAGUCUCUCCAGCAGCUAUGAGGCCCAGAUGAAGAGCCUGCUGAAGAUCGUCAGGAUCUUCUGUCACGUCUUCCGCCUGGGCCCCUCCUCCCCCAACAACGGCAACGACAUGGGCUACAAUGGCAACAAGACGUCCCGCAGCCUGGUGUUCAAGCCCCUGGAGCUCCUGUGGCACUCCCUGGAGGAGUGGCUGGUCCUGAUCUCCACCGAGCUGGAGAAGAACCACCGCGACCCCAGCUCCUCCUCCUCCAGCAGCGAGAUCGCCUCGCUCCUCCUCAAACAGCGCGAGGUCGAUUCCUCCUCCUCGGCCACGGUCGCCGUCUCCGAGGGCCUCCCGUCGUCGCUGGACCCCCAUGUCGUCAUGGAGACGCCCGAGGUGUACGCCGACGGCGAGGACGUCAUCUCCAUGACGGCCAACCGUCUGAGCGCCGUGAUCCAGGCCUUCUACAUGUGCUGCUCCUGUCAGAUGCCCCAGGGGAUGACGUCGCCUCGUUUCAUCGAGUUUGUGUGCAAGCAUGACGAGGUGCUCAAGUGUUUCGUAACCAGGAAUCCAAAGAUUAUCUUCAACCACUUCCACUUCCUGUUGGAGUGUCCGGAGCUGAUGUCUCGGUUCAUGCACAUCAUCAAAGGACAGCCUUUCAAGGACCGCUGCGAGUGGUUCUACGAGCAUCUGUUGGCGGGACAGCCCGACUCCGACAUGGUCCACCGGCCGGUCAACGAAAACGACAUCCUGCUCAUCCACAGAGAGUCCAUAUUCAGGAGCAGCUGUGAGAUGGUCUCCAAGUCCACCAAUGAGAAGCUCAAACAGGGCAUCGCCGUGCGUUUCCACGGCGAGGAAGGAAUGGGCCAGGGCGUUGUCCGAGAGUGGUUUGACGUCCUGUCCAAUGAGAUCAACCCAGACUACGCUCUCUUCACACAGUCUGCUGACGGCACCACCUUCCAGCCCAACAGUAACUCCUCGGUGAACCCGGACCACCUGAACUACUUCCAGUUUGCUGGUCAGGUCCUGGGCCUGGCGCUGUACCAUCGGCAGCUGGUCAACAUCUACUUCACCCGCUCCUUCUACAAGCACAUCCUGGGCAUCCCAGUGAACUACCAGGACGUGUCGUCCAUCGAUCCGGAGUACGCCAAAAACCUGCAGUGGAUCCUGGACAAUGACAUCAGCGACCUGGGCCUGGAGCUCACCUUCUCCGUGGAGACAGACGUGUUCGGCGCCAUGGAGGAAGUGCCGCUCAAACCGGGCGGGAUCAGCAUCAUCGUCACCCAGGACAACAAGGCAGAGUAUGUCCAGCUGGUGACUGAGUUGAGGAUGACUCGAGCCAUCCAGCCCCAGAUCAACGCCUUCCUGCACGGCUUCCACACCUUCAUCCCCCCCUCCCUCAUCCAGCUCUUCGACGAAUAUGAACUGGAGCUCCUGCUGUCAGGGAUGCCAGAGAUUGAUGUCCAGGACUGGUUCAGGAACACAGAGAACACCAGCGGCUACGACCUUCAGGAACCAGUCAUUCAGUGGUUCUGGGAGGUGGUGAAGAGUCUCAUUCAGGAGGAGAGAGUUCUUCUGCUGCAGUUUGUGACGGGCAGCUCCAGGGUCCCCCACGGUGGCUUUGCCUUCCUGAUGGGGGGAAGCGGCCUCCAGAAGUUUACCAUCGCUGCCGUGCCGUACACCUCCAACCUGCUGCCCACCUCCAGCACCUGUAUCAACAUGCUGACUCCAGAAUACCCCAGCCAGGAAGUCUUACGAGACCGUCUGCUGGUUGCACUGCAUUGUGGGAGCUACGGCUACACCAUGGCGUGAUUCCUGCUCCCGCCGCUCCUGCGGCAGACAGGCGUGCGCGUGUGUUUUCAUGGUCAACUCAGAACAGGGAACUGGACCUCUCUGGACCUAUGCUGUUGUUUUCUGUGGGUGAGGCCCGUACUGACUCCUCAACACGUAACAUCAGAC